AUGAGCCUGCUCCCCACGAGGCGCACGUCGCCCCCGCCACCACAAACACUCGACACGCCCGGCGCCGGUUGGGCCACGAAAAAGAAGGUCGUAAGAGCUCAGGACGUCCCGGACGGCUACGAGACGAUGCCCUUCGUGCAGAGUGGUUAUCGGGUCGGCUACGAUUCGUGUGGAUGUAUAACCUCUAUCUUUGAGGUGCACAACGAAACCAUUAAUAUUUGGACGCACUGGCUCGGCGCGCUCUGGUUCGCGUACCUGAUACGUGUGGACAGCUCUACAUCCACAUGGGACGCGUCUACGAUACUCAUUUUCCGGUUGAUCUGCCUGAACCUCUUCGCGUCGUCGGCGGGCUACCACACCUUCGGGGCGAUCUCGCCGCGGGCGAUGCGGCUCUGGCUGCGCGCCGACAAGCUCGGGAUCUCGCUGAUGAUUGCUGGCAGCUACAUACCGGGCAUAUGGCUCGGGUUUCGCUGCCGGCCACGAGCGAGAUUGGUGUGGAUGGCCCAGGCGUUGAUACUGCUCAUCGUCGGCGCGAUGCUCGCGCUCGAGUGCUUCCCGAAGCGCCACAGCGCCAAGGCCUUCGCGUCACUCGUAGCCAUCGGGCUCCUGCCGACGGCGGACUUCGCUAUGCACGGCACGGCGGAGGAGAUCCGGCAGUUCGUGCCGAAGCUCAUGCUCAUGUUCUUCUUUUAUGGGUUAGGCUUCUUCUUCUUCUCGACAAAGUGGCCGGAGUCGCGGUGGCCGGGCAAGUUCUGCAUCGUCGGCGCGUCGCACCAGCUCUGGCACCUUUGUGUUCUGGCCGCCGCGCUCGCGUGGCAUUCAGAUGUAAGGGACUACCUCGCGCUCGUCGAGCUCGACAGCCCCGUCGUCCGUUGUGGUAAGUUUUAG